AUGAUGUCACCAAGUUCACCACAGGAAUGGAUGGACUUGAGACAAGCAAUCACCAAGGGUGCAGAAGUUCAAAUCGAUAGAGACACGGUCAAUAUUUUAUGGGCCAUGGGAUCUCUUGCACCACUCACUUGUUUACUUUAUACGAUUGGAAUCAUUAAAAGGUGGAAAACCAAGUCACUUUUGCCUCAACAAUCUCGUAAUGGUUAUCUUUCUCCUCACUCUGCAAUCACUGUACCUAUCUUGGUAAUGAGUUCUUCUAUACUUAGUUUGCUUUGGAUAGCUUCAUUGGAACACGAUCUUACAAGAAAAGGAAAUCCUGCGAGGGCAGAGGCUCUUAGGAUCAUCUCAGAAACUGGAAUGUUUUUACUUGGUUGGAUCACAGCUUGGGGAGCAGUUUAUAAUUUACCUCCUUCACUUCUCAAUUUCAAUACAUCCCGAUUCACCAAGAAUUCUACUCAAACUCGUUCUCAACAUUCCAAGGGUUGUAAACCGAUCGUCUUCAAUACGAUCUUUAUUUUGGGUUGCUUUGUGGAAAUUGGUGUUGCACUUCCAUGGGCUUUGACUUCUUAUGUAUUGACUUCAACGGGUUAUCGACAACUCGAAGCUCUCGAUCAAUUAGUUGAAGAGAUCUUAUUCAGGUAUGAUUCAGGUUCAGGACCUGAAGAAACUCUAGUGAACGCUACUCUUUCUCACUUACGAACGAUAGAAGACACUCGUGAUAUCCUUCUCAAUCGGUUUCGAUUCUACGCUGGUCUAAUCACUCUUUUAAUAUUAAUACACACAAGUGUAUUUGUUUGGGCAUCGAUUACUACUUUAUUAGCAUUAGUUAAACAAAAGACAGUCAUAGAAGAAUGUUUUUUACAUCGACAUCAAUUAAUCAAUUUAGAUCGAGAGAUGCGUAGAUCUCAAUUACCAAUCCCAUUUUCAGAAACUGCUUCAACGAUUCCAUUAAGUGGAAAGAAAAGUUUUGAAGAAGAAAAAUCCAAUAAGAUGAAAGAAACUUGGAGAUCUCAAUGGUUACCAUUCCUAAGAGAAUCUUCAACUGAUAUCACUAUGCUUUGGCAAAUUCCUACUUUUAAUAAUGAAAAUGAUUGGUCUGCAAAAGAUAAUUAUAUACUUACUAAACAAUUCUAUACACUUGGUCGUUCGAUGGCAAAUAUUAAAUGGCAUGUGUUUAUUGUAUUAUUGAUUGCAUCAGGUUAUACUGCAUUUUGUUUAGGUAUUGCCACUAAUGCAUUUCAAGUUCCAAAUAAGAUGUCACCCAACGAUUUUAUCAUUCUCAGUGUUAGGUGGUGUGCAUGUAGUUGGCAUCCAGCAGCUCUUGUAUUAGGAAUUAUUUCAUGUUUAAGAGCUUUCACACCACCCGUUAGUUUUCCAAAAGAACCUGAUGCAUUACCUCAAAACUUUAAUGAAGAGGAAGAUGAAUUAACAAAUGAGACGGCUCUGAGUCCUAAAUCCUGUUAUUCACCUGCAUGA